AAGUCUCGCUCUCGCUCUCUCUCUCCGUUCCUUCUUGCGCUGUCCGGAUGCUGCUCUGAUCAGGCGCUUUGAAAAUCUAGGUGGCCCGACCUUCUCCUUAGUGUUCGGGUAUUGAAAUGGUCGAUCGCGUGAACAUGCAAGGUUUGUAUUGGCUGUAGCAGUUGCGACAUCAGCAGCUGGUCUUCUGCAUUUUGGACAGGGAUAAAUUUGCAUUUUGCACUAGCUACAGUACCUCUACAUAUCACAAACAAAAUAAAGGGCAAUGGCUGUCUCUGCCAAGAAUCUGGAUCCUGCAUUCCAAUCUGUUGGUCAAAAGAUUGGUAUGGAAAUAUGGAGAAUUGAGAAUUUCCAACCAGUUCCAGUGCCAAAAUCUGAAUAUGGUAAAUUCUACACAGGAGACUCUUAUAUCAUUUUGCAGACUAGUGCUGGCAAAGGAGGCAGUUAUGUAUAUGACAUUCACUUUUGGCUUGGAAAGGAUACAAGUCAGGAUGAAGCUGGAACUGCAGCAAUAAAGACGGUGGAGCUUGAUGCUGCUCUUGGAGGCCGUGCUGUGCAACACAGAGAAUUGCAAGGCCAUGAAUCAGAAAAGUUUUUAUCAUACUUUAAACCAUGUAUUAUUCCUUUGGAGGGUGGUGUUGCCUCUGGUUUUAAACCGCCUGAGGUUGAGCAAUUUGAAACAAGGUUAUACAUUUGUAAGGGAAAGCGAGUUGUGCGACUAAAGCAGGUACCUUUUGCCCGUUCAUCUCUAAAUCAUGAUGAUGUGUUCAUCCUAGACACAGAGAAUAAGAUCUAUCAAUUCAAUGGCGCAAACUCCAAUAUUCAAGAAAGAGCCAAGGCUUUGGAAGCAAUCCAGUAUUUUAAAGACAAAUAUCAUGAAGGGAAGUGUGAUGUUGCAAUUAUUGAUGAUGGAAAGCUUCAAGCUGAAGGAGACUCAGGUGAAUUUUGGGUUCUCUUUGGUGGCUUCGCACCAAUUAGCAGGAAAGUUGCCAGUGAUGAUGAUUAUGUUCCAGAGACCACACCUGGAAAACUUUACAGCAUUUCUGAUGACCAGUUGGAGCUUAUUGAAGGUGUACCAUCUAAGUCAAUGCUUGAAAAUCACAAGUGUUAUCUACUAGACUGUGGAGCAGAAAUAUAUGUUUGGGUAGGGAGAGCGACACAGCUUAAAGAAAGAACCAAGGCAUGGUGUGAAGUUGCUGAGGAAUUCAUCUCCAGCCGAAAACUACCAAAGGCUACACACAUAGUUCGGGUUAUUCAAGGAUACGAGCCACAUGAAUUUAAAUGUAAUUUUGAAUCAUGGCCAUCAGGAACCAGCACUGCAGUUGCUGAGGAUGGAAGAGGCAAAGUGGCUGCAUUACUGAAGCAGCAAGGUGUUGAUGUCAAGGGUGUAGCAAAGGGAGCUCCCGCAAAUGAGGAAAUCCCUCCUUUGCUUGAGAAGGAUGGAAAAAUAGAGGUUUGGAGGAUAAAUGGCAAUGCCAAGACUGUAAUUCCAAAAGAGGAGAUUGGUAAAUUUUACAGUGGCGACUGUUAUGUUGUGCUUUAUACCUACCACUCUGGUGACAAAAAGGAAGAAUACUUUUUAUGCUGUUGGUUUGGAAAGGGCAGCAUUUCGGAGGAUCAGGUUACUGCAAGUCGAUUGGCGAAUACAAUGGCUACCUCUCUGAAAGGAAGACCUGUUCAGGGACGCAUAUUCCAAGGAAAAGAGCCACCACAGUUCAUUGCACUUUUUCAACCGAUGGUUGUUUUGAAGGGUGGACUUAGUUCUGGCUACAAAAAGUUCAUUGCAGAUAAAGGUUUGAGUGAUGAAACAUAUACUGCUGACGGCAUUGCACUGAUACGAAUUUCUGGAGUGUUGCCACAUAAUAAUAAGGCAGUUCAAGUUGAUACGGCAGCUUCAUCUUUAAGCACCACUGAUUGUUUUGUGCUGCAAACGGGGUCUUCAGCUUUUACCUGGAAUGGAAACGGAAGCACUAUUGAACAGCAACAAUUAGGAGUGAAGGUUGCUGAAUUCUUGAAGCCAGGGGUGACUUUGAAGCAUGCAAAAGAAGGAACUGAACCAUCAACCUUUUGGAAUCCCCUCGGUGGAAAGCAAAGCUACACAAGCAAGAAACCCCCACAAGAGACUGGGAGACAUCCUCACCUGUAUGCAUUUUCUUUUAAUAAAGGGAAAAUGGAGGUCUCAGAGGUUUACAACUUUUCCCAAGAUGAUCUCUUGACAGAAGAUAUGAUGAUACUUGACACUCAUGCGGAAGUCUUUGUUUGGGUUGGCCAAUCUGUAGAUUCUAAAGACAAGCAGAAGGCCUUUGAAACUGGCGAGAAGUACAUAGAGCUGGCAACUGCUUAUGAGGGGUUACAUCCACAUGUUCCACUUUACAGGGUCACAGAAGGGAAUGAACCAUCCUUCUUUACUGCAUAUUUCUCAUGGGAUCCUGCCAGAGCUUGCGUUUCAGGGAAUUCAUUUCAAAAAAAGCUGCUGACACUGCUUGGAGCCCAUGGGUCAGAGAAAGCUGAUGGUGCUAACAGAUCCAACACCAAUCAAGGGGGGCCAACACAAAGAGCCUCUGCUUUGGCUGCACUCAAUUCUGCAUUUAACCCAUCCGGUGGCACCAAAGGUUCGUCUGCAAAAGCUGCUGGGUAUUCUCCGGGACAAGGUUCUCAAAGAGCAGCUGCUGUAGCUGCAUUAUCAUCUGUUCUUACUGCUGAACAAAAGGCAGCUGCUGAAGCUAGUCCACCCCGGUUCAAGACUUCACAGGACACUACUGAGUCUGAAGGCAAGAGCCAAAGUGGUAGUCCUACAGCAGAGGAUCAACAAGAAGCAGUGGGUGCAAAGGGAACUGCAGAAACAAAUGAAUGUCCUUCUGAGAGCAAUGGUGAAGAUGCAGAGGUGAAACAUGAAGAUCCAGUAGAGGAGAAUGAGGCCGACAGGAGCAUUUUCAGUUAUGAGCGUCUUAAGGCAAAGUCAACUAAUCCAGUUACUGGAAUUGACUAUAAAAGAAGAGAGUCUUACUUAUCAGAUGAGGAAUUUGAGUCAGUCCUUGGGAUGAAGAAAGAAGCAUUCUAUCAACAGCCAAAGUGGAAGCAAGACAUGCAAAAGAAGAAGGUUGAUCUCUUCUAAUGGGUUGUAUGCCAAACGAGUUGGUUGCUGUUCUUACCAUUAAUUUUUGCAUGAGAAGUUCUUCAUAGUGGUGGUGGUGAUGGUAGUCCACUGAGCGGAAAUGACAGAAAAUACUUCUUUACUUUCCAUGAGCUUCUUAGCUUAGGGCAUUUGCGUCUUGUAUGUAAGCAAGGUCUGUGAAGAUAGUUGUCAUUCUUUCAUUCAGAGAAGAGCUUGAUUUUCUGCUGCUCUUGUUUGUUAGUCUCCUUAGUUUGCCCUGCAGGUGGGGUGUGUGUGUUUGUCCGUGUGCUUGGGGAGUAUGUGCCACAAUGAGUGUAUUUAGAUACAAGCUAUAUUAGUAAUUUAUAUUAUCUUUAUUUGUGUGGUGAUUGUAUAUUAA